GUUACAUUUGAUCUUCACGACAAAAUUUCAAGUUUACCAGAUUCCAGAUCCAAUCUCUCUUGAAUUCCCUAUUCAAUCUAGUCUCUAAUGGCUGCCGAGGAGCCAACUGUGGCGGUUGAGUCCGCACCGGAAGCGGCCGAGGAGAAGGCAGCGGAGGAGAAGCCUGCCUUCAAGUCCACCAGGAGCAAGAAAGCCAAAGAGCCCAAGGCUAAGAAGCCGGCGGCUCCAAAGAAGAAGCCUAGAGCUCCUUCCACUCAUCCUCCUUAUGAGGAGAUGAUUAAGGAUGCGAUUGUCACUCUGAAGGAGAAGACAGGUUCGAGUCAGUAUGCUAUCACGAAAUUCAUUGAGGAGAAGCACAAGCAGCUGCCGUCGAAUUUCAAGAAGUUGCUUCUGUUCCAUUUGAAGAAGCUUGUUGCGGCCGAGAAGUUGGUUAAAGUGAAAGGCUCGUUCAAGCUUCCGUCGAGUAGGUCUUCUGCGCCUGCAAAGUCGGUGACCACUCCUGCUUCUCCUGCUAAGAAGAAACCGGCCACGGCUGCUGCUACUAAAUCUAAGUCAAAAGCUACUGCAAAAUCCAAGGAGGUUAAGUCAAAGGCAAAGGCGGUGGCUAAAGCUCCGGCCAAGGCCAAGGCCAAGUCCAAGGCUCCUGCCAAGGCAAAGCCGAAGGCAGCGCCUGCCAAACCAAAAGCUGCCGCCAAAGCUAAGCCCGCUCCGGCGAAACCAAAGGCUACUACAACUGCGAAGAAGGCCGCUUCACCUAAGUCCAAGCCUGUUGCCAAACCGAAGCCCAAGGAUAAGCCAACUAAGGCUGCGAGGACAUCAUCAAGAACAUCUCCCGGGAAGAAGACCGCAGCGGCACCCAAGCCCAAGCCUGCUCCGAAAAAAGCUCCGGCUAAGACCGUCAAACCCAAGAGCGUCAAGUCGCCGGCCAAGAAGGCAAAUUCGAAGAGAGGGAAGAAGUGAAAUAGGAAAGGGAUAGUGUUCAGUAGGGUUAGUUUUGUAAAUCCGGGUGAAGUAGAUGGGUGUAUGUGUAUGCCCAUGAAUGAAAAUAUCACAACAUCGGCUCCUCCUUAAAUCUUUUCUCUCAUUCUUUUUAGUUUUUCUGAGGUUGUUUUUUGGUUCAUUUUUUUUUUUUUAAUCUUUAGAUGUAAUUUUCAAGUGGAUUAUGAGAGUAUAAUCACAGCUGUUCUUCAUCAUUGUUUCCCCCAAUUCAAAGUGAAAUUUCUCAGAAUGAAAAUGAAUAAACGAG